UUUAUUACCCCAAACGCAUCGAACAGUCGGGUUUUGGACGUCCGGACUUUACCGCCGCCUCGCUCUGCGACGCCACUCACUGAGAGAAGUUCCCACACACACAGAGCCCAGAGUACCCAGUGCCCAGAGUACCCAGUGCCCAGGAGCCAGUGCCAGUGCCAGUGCCCGUGCCAGGAACAGAAAACUGAAAACAGAAAGCAGAAGCCAAAAACAGAAGCGGAAAACUGACAAAAAAACUUGGCAAACUUUUUGAGAGGAGAUGGAGGAGAUAUUGCGUCGCGGCUAAACCAAAAGUAAACCCAAAAAAAUAAAUAAAAAACAAAAACCCAAAACAGUGCAAAAACCAAACAAAAGGUCAUACCUGGGAAUUCCCUUUGAAAAGUGCCAAGUGCGCCGCGACCAUAUAACAAGUAUACGCCCCGUAAUCAAUCUCAAGAAACAACCGAAUAAAAACCCCAAGAAAACCCUACAACUUUCGUCGCGAAAAGCAAACGAAACUGGCUUAGACCGAAAUUAGCCCCCCAAAAAUGGCGCUCUCCAAGCGGCCCCUCGCCAAGGACACGCCCCUCGCCGAUAGCAACAGCAAUGGCAACGGCAAUGCCGCCGCCGCCGCCGCCAGCGACCAUGAGACGGCGGUCAAGAGGCGCAAGCGAUGCAGUCGCGAUGAUGACUCCACCAAUGCCGUCGCUCUCAACAACAACAAUAAUAAUAAUAAUAACAAUACCAACAACAAUAACAACAAUUUGCCACAAAAGAAGCGAAAACAGGGACACAUUGCCGACAGUCCAGAAAGUCCCAGUCCGGGACAAGGACAGAUACCCAAUCCCACACCAAUGAUGGGCAAGACCGCAAGCAAUGCUGCGGAAACAGACCAGGACGACGAGACCCUCAUCCGGGAGACGCAGGCGGCGCUAAAGAGCCUCUCCGGCAGCUGGCCCGAUGCCCGCGGCAAUCUCUACCGGCUUCAGGAGCAGGACGAGAACCCGCCGCCGUUCCAGAACCUCUUUGAGGAGAAACAAAAGUAUGAGGAGCACCAAGACCAAGCCCUUGAUCCCGGCAGUCCCAGUUCACAGCUCUUCUCACGUUUCCACAGACAGAAGGAAAACGACCAGGCGCGCCUCAAUGCCAAUGCCCAGAUGGAGCGCAGCAAGAAGCCGACGGGAGCAGGAGCAGGAGCAGGAGCAGGAGCAGGUGCUGGUGUCGGAGCAGGAUCUGAUGACCUGGAGCUGGAGGAGGCCAAUGGUGUGUACGCCCAGGCGGCGUCCGCCUUCAAGCCGCCCAUCGAUAUCAUCAAGCGAAACUAUGCGGCCGCCGCCCAUGCCCAUGCCCAGGCCCAUGCUCAGGCCCAGGCUCACGCCCAUUACACCAGCGGGGCCUACAAUCCCGCCGAGUCUGCCGCCGGAUUGGCCUACUAUGGCUAUGCCGCCGCUGCUGCCGCCUCCGCUAGCCAACAGCAGCAGCAGCAGCUCGGACUGGAGGCCACAUCGCGCUCCUCCUCCGCCUUCGACAUAGCCAGCCAGCUGGGCGAGAAGCAGCAGCAGCAGCCACAGCCUCUGGGCAGCUUGGGCCUGGGUCUGGGUCGGCCCAAGGAUGGAUCCCUGGCACCCGAUGGCAAGCAGUAUACGAUCCUGCAGCCGGCGGGCAUCGGCAGCCGGGCGGCGUCUGUAAUGCAGGACAUUGCACGCGAGGGCGUUGUCGGUGUGCCACUGGUGGCCACGCCACCGACCACCACAGCAGCCGCCAGCAGUCCGCAGUCCGCAGCAACGACGACAACGACGACGACGCCAACAGCACCUCCGGCUCCAAGCUACUCGCCGAGCAGCCAGAAUCGCGCCGAGCUGGACAAGCAUGAAAAGGAGCUGCAUCCGCUGGACAAGCUGAAGAUCGCCUCGAGCCAUUAUCUCAACAACAACAACAGUAGCUGCAUCAACAACAACAAUAACAACAACAGCAGCAGCAGCAGUAGUAGUAGUGGUGGUGGUGCUAAUGGUGGCGCCAGCACUGGUUCCAGCGCCAAACUAAGCGGCGGCAGUGCAACGAUGCCGAUUAUCAAAUCGGAAUACAGUCCCGUGGCCAGCAUCAAGUCGGAAUACAACAAGAGCCCCAUGCACUCGUACCUAUCCAGCGAUGCGGCAGCGCCCGCUCCAUCGGUUGCCACCGCCGCCUCCUCCUCACAAGCAACGUCCGCUUCACAGGCACCGCGCUCCGGCGGAGCGGGUUCUGGAGGCGGUGGAGCAUCCACGAAUGGCAAUGAGAGUGGCAACCUGCAUGCACCGCAUUUGAGUCGUUUUGUUGGUAUGCAGAGUCCACCGCAUCUCAAUCCCCACCAGCAACAGCAGCAGCAACAACAGCAGCAACAGCAACAGCAACAGCAGCAGCAGCAGCAACAUCACCAGCAGCAGCAGCAGCAGCAACAACACACUCUUCACCAGCAGCGAGGACCUUUCAUAGAGGGUAACGAUGUGCCCGAUCCCACGGCCAGCUACCACUCGGAACACCAGCAGCAGCAGCAGCAGGCGGAGGAGCGGCAGUACGUGGAGAUGCGCUAUGCCCAGAGCCACGAGCUAUUGGCGGCCAAUGGUGUCUCCGGCGAACUGUCACCGGGCACGGCGAGAAGCGCCUAUGAACCGCAUCCAGGUCAUCCCGGCCACCCCGGUCAUCCCGGACAUCCAGGUCAUCCCGGCCAUCCAGGCCAUCCGGGACACCCAGGACAUCCGCUUAGCGGCUCGCCAGCAGCAUUCGCUGUGGAUGCGGUUUCGGUGGCCGCCGCCAGCGGAGCGGGCUUCGAGCGUUACGAUUCCAGCGGCGGCGGCGGUGGUGGCGGCGGCGUCUGUUGUCCCACAAAUGGCCAGCGUUCCACGGCAUCGACGGCGGCAGCGGUGGUCACAUCGGCGGCAGUAGGUGCCUCGGCAGCGGCGGCAGCAGCCUAUCAUUACCUGCCGCAGACCACCGACGAGAUGCAGGCCCAGCAGCAGAAGUACCUCCAGGAGCAGCAGCUAAUGCUGGCCAAGGCGGAGCACGAGGAGUUGGCCGCCAAUGGAGGGCAGCCGCUGUAUCCGCGGCCCAUGUAUCACUAUGACCCCACCAUGGGUCCCCUGCCGCCGGGUUUCUCGGCCAUAAAUCUAUCCGUAAAAAUGGCAGCCGCCCAAGCAGCCGCUGCAGCAGCUGCCUAUCAAAAUCAACAGCAACAGCAGCAGCAACAGCAGCAGCAACAACAGCAGCAACAGCAGCAGCAGCAACAUCACCAGCAACAGCAGCAGCAGCACGGCAAGCAGAGCUCCUCGCCGGCACCAAAUGUGGGCGGCGGCGGCGGAGUGCCGGCGGUGGACUUGAGCGGAUCCACCUCGGUGACAAGCAGCAGUCCGCACGGUUUCAACUCGCCAGCCUCGCACAACCAGUACUCCGCCCAGCGGAUGGGCAACGGUAGUCCACAGCCGGGCGCCAGUCCGAACAUUGCCAGUCCCCAGGUGCCCAGUCCCCAGGGGCAGACGCUGGACCUCAGUGUCACCCGACUGUCACACAGCAUUAUUACGAGUCCACAGUACGGCGCCGAUGGUCUGGUGGUCGGCGUGGGCGUGGGCCAUGCCCAGGGUUUUGGAAGUGGAGCGACAGGACCUCUAGGACCAGGCAACGGAGGUCCGCCUCGCUCACCGCAAAUGGAACCGGUGGACUUUAGCGGGCCGCCGCGACCUUUGGGCUUCGGCUUGGUGGGCCACAUCACUGGUCCGCGACCCUACAGCCGCGAGUCCACGCCGGAUAGCGGCGGUUCUCACUAUAUCGAGACGUACAGGGAUCCCAGUGGCUAUUCACCGCAUCCUGGCUACGGGAUGGUGGUCCAAUCGGACUACCCGCCGGCGGGCUAUCAUGGCUACGGUCCGGCCGCCUAUCAGUGCAGCAAUCCGUAUGCAACGGCCGUCGGUCCCGGCGGCUAUCCCACUCCCGUAUCCGGCGGCUACUCGCCCAGUCCGGCCACCUGCUACUCGAUGCCACCGCCACAGCACAUACCGCAGCAUGACAAGACCAAGGACGGUUUGACGGGCUGCUCGCGCUCAGACCGCAACCAUCUGCAAUCGCACUCGCAGGAGCUCAAGUGCCCAACGCCCGGCUGCGACGGCUCUGGCCAUGUCACUGGCAACUAUUCCUCGCACCGCAGCCUCUCCGGCUGCCCGAGGGCCAACAAGCCCAAGAGCAAGCCGCGCGAUGGCCAGGAUUCGGAGCCGCUGCGCUGUCCCAUACCGGGUUGCGAUGGCUCUGGCCAUUCCACUGGCAAGUUCCUCUCCCACAGAAGCGCUUCGGGCUGCCCCAUAGCCAAUAGGAACAAGAUGCGGGUUCUGGAAGCCGGCGGCACUGUGGAGCAGCACAAGGCGGCUGUGGCAGCUGCCACGGCAAUGAAGUUUGACGCCUGCACCACGGUGGGCAGUCAGGGCAUUAAGAAGCCCAAGUUCGAUGAGGUCACCAUGGUCUAUCCCAAGGGUUAUACAGGCGCCAGCGGCCUGGACAUCGUCAUGGGCGGCAGCGUGGGCCUGGGUCUCGGCGUCGGCGGCCUUGGAGUGAGCAGCAGCAGCAGUAGUAGCAGCAAUGGUAAUCCCCACCAUACCAACAGCAACGGCAGCAACAGCGGCGAGAAGACUGGCUCAGCAGGUGGUGGCGGCGGUGGUGGCUCCUCUUCAGGGGCCACUGGUAGCGAUGAUCUGAACACACUGGAGGCCGAAAUCUCCGAGCUGCAGCGGGAGAAUGCGCGCGUGGAGUCGCAGAUGAUGCGCCUCAAGUCUGACAUCAAUGCCAUGGAGUCGCAGCUGAGCACCAGCGAUCGGGAGGCUUCUCCACUGAGCGGCCAUCAGCAGCAGCAGCAGCAGCAGCAACAACAGCAACGCUCCUCGGUGACCUCCCUGGCCUCGCCCAGCGGACAAUCGCCAUUCGCCAGCGUUAGCUCCACCAGCGGAACAGCCAACAACGCGGUGAACAGCGGGAACGGCGGAGGCUCCAGCUCGGCCGAUCUGGUGGUGGGCCAUUCGAUCAGUAGCCUGGCACCCAGCUCGGGCGGCAGCAACUCGAAUCCCCCAAUGGACACUGGAGGAGGAGGGGCGCCGGCCAAUGCCAACCUGAACAAUUACUACGAGAGCUUGCGCAACAAUGUGAUCACGCUGCUGGAGCAUGUGCGUCUGCCGCCGCCGCCGCCACCUCCGCCUUCGGACGGCGUGUGUGGCGGUCAGCUGGGAACAGGAGGAGGCGGAGAAGGGUCCUUGGUGGGCAGCACUGAGAAUGCCACGGCCUAUUCCACCUUGCUGCCGCCGCCGCCGCCGCCACCAGCAACAGCUUCCUCAAGUGGAGGCAAUGGCGGUAUGUACGGUCACCAGGGCGCCGGAACAGGUGGCGGAGGAGGAGGAGGAGGAGGAGGCAAUGGCCUGGGCACGCCGCCUGUGCCACCAGUGCCGCCGCCACCGCCUCAUCAUCAUCAUCAUCACCAUCAUCCGUACACCGUGCACCAUCCGGUGAGCUACGCCCACCCGCACACGCAUCCCCAUCCGCACGAGCACUUUGACUCGUACAUCUCGAAGCUGCAGUCGCUGUGCGUGCCGCCGGAUGUGUACGCCCUGCCCGAGGAUGCCGAGCGGCCGGUGUACAACUCGGUGAAGCCCAGCAUGCACCAGGACUAUGGCAAGCUGAUGCCGACACCCAUCUAAAGAGGAAACAACUCGCCUGACAACACUCCGAAUAAUCAAAAGUCCCCCAGCAUUGGCAGCACAAGGAGCUCUGGCCCCAGGCAGAGCCCCAACCCGUCCACGACGCGUGUAAAUAUUUAUAUGGGAACCGAACCAGGAGGGGUUCCCAGCUCCCUACCCAGGUAGCGAUAUAUAGUAUAUAGGCGUAUAGCCGGGAGAUGUACCCAGUAAGUAGUCACAUAUACAUACAUAGUUGGUGGCUAGACUUGGUGCUAGAACUACACACUAGUAGAGCUGGAAAUAUCGGAGUUAUCGAAUGAUUUUUUCAAAUAUUGCGAUCCAUUGAAUAGAAUCAGAAUUCAGAAUCGAUUUAUUUAUUAUUUAAAAACAGAUAUCGAUAAAUUAAAUGUAAA